UUUUUAGUCUACAGAUUUUCAGCUUUCUGCUUUCUCUUCUGUUUUUCUUCUCAGUUUAGAAAUGGGGUCGGACCCGUACAGGCUGUCAGUUGUACACGUUGCCGAUUCAAAUAACUCUUAUUUCAAUUUUUCAAUUUAUUUAAUCAAUACAUAGUGAAAAAAAUUAUAUAAAAAUGGAGGAAACAUCAGUUCUAAUUUUCCUUUCUUUGGUUAUGUUGAUCGGGAGCUAUCUAGCUGGUUCGAUUCCACUUGUUAUGUCGUUAUCGGAGUCGAAAAUACAACUGUUCUCAGUAUUUGGUGCGGGCCUACUGGUAGGAACUGCAUUGGCAGUUAUCAUACCCGAAGGUAUCAGAUCACUCUUCCCUGAUGGAGGAGCCAAAUCGACUACCACUCACGAAGAUUUAGAAGACUUAUAUUCGCUAAUAGGCGUAUCUCUAGUGCUGGGCUUCGUUGUGAUGCUGCUCAUAGAUCAGUGCUCAACAUCGCGAUCCAGAGGAGGUAAUUAUCAGCCCUUAUCGUCAGAAUCUGGCAAACCAACCACAGAUCUGGAGCAUGGAGUAGGUGGGGCGGGCGGAGGCCGAAUCACGGCCACCCUUGGCCUGGUGGUGCAUGCAGCCGUGGAUGGAGUCGCCCUGGGCGCCGCGGCCACCACAACGCACACCGAUGUCGAGAUGAUUGUCUUUGUGGCCAUCAUGUUGCACAAGGCACCAGCAGCGUUUGGAUUAGUAACAUUUUUGAUGCAUGAAGGAGUUGACAGGAAGAGAAUUAGAAGACAUUUGCUGAUUUUCUCUUUGGCUGCUCCUCUUCUGUCUCUCGUCACCUACUUCGGAAUAGGAAAGGAGGGAAAAGAAACGCUGUCGUCUGUGAAUGCGACUGGAAUUGCGAUGUUGUUCAGUGCAGGCACAUUCCUGUAUGUAGCAACGGUACAUGUUCUUCCCGAAUUGACAGCUCGCGUCGGUGGGGCUUUCCGCAUGAAUCAGCUAUUUGUACUCGUACUCGGAGCUAUGCUGCCACUUAUACUCACAAUGGGACAUCACCACUAACACAAGUCGACGUUUCAAUCUUCAGGUAAUCUUUCUCCAAUUCUGAGUACAAUUAAUGCUUGAAUUGUCGAGUCCCCCUGAUAAUGCCACAUUUCAAUGCGAAAUCAUAUCAGCAGGAGUUGAAAGCUCUAUAUUGACAAGAAGAAUUUAGUAUUGAUAAGGAGUUGUAGCAUGAAUUAAUUGCUGCCUCCCUCUCGAAUGUUUCAAAGUUUUGACUAAGUUGACUGAUGUUAUAAAGAACUAACUCAGGAAAGUUCUUGUUGUGAUGAGUAAAAAGACUUCAUCAGUAGGAAAUGAGAAAUUACUAUCCGUAGAAGCAUGAGGGAAAUAAUCUGUGAGUUUACUUCAUCGGAAUAUAUAGUAAUAUGAAAAUAUUAUUCUAUUCAAGGCUUAUUGCUAAGUUCAAUUUGUGAAGCUUUAAAAACGGUCUAAUUACUCUUAUAAACAGUAUAUUACUGUAUCAAGUUAGUGCAAUAGAUGAUUUUUGUUUGAAUAAUAUAAUUUUAUUGAUACUGUCUUCGUUGACAUUUUUUGUAAACUAUCUGUAAAGUUGAAAGUUGACGAUAAGACUGUAAUACUUGAAUAUGUUUUGUAGUAUGAGAUGCGAAAUGGUCAUACACCUAGUCAUCGUCGAAAAUACUCAUGAGUCAAGAUGGGUAGAUUUAUUUUGUAAAAUUACCUGAAAUGAUAUCAUUACGGAAUCAUAGCAUCACAUUACUAUUUUAACUUACGAUUACGGUUACGAUAAUACUUGCGGUUACGAUAAUAUUUUUACUUUUUGUUUAAGUUGUUUGUCAAAAGCUCAAUAUCAUCUCACCUUAGUGGAGUUUUAACACUAGAGACAAUCUGUCAAAAAAAACUCAGUUCAUUGAACCAAUUGGUCCAUUGUCAUUUAGCUCACUAUAGAGUUCAGUAAUGUAUCAAGCUAUUAGUAUUGUGAAAAAUUGAUAUUAAAUGUAUUUGUAAUCUUAUUUUUGCUCUACAAAAUGUUUGUUUUCAAACUAAAUAAUUCAAGUAGAUUAUAUUCAACUAUUGUGCUCCCUGCAUUUAAAAUUGGUUAAAAUUAGUAUUACUUACAUACAGCCUGUCGCUCAGUCUCGUUUAUAUCCCAUAAGUAUUGCAAAAUAAAAGUAUUAGGUGGUCAAUUACUGUUAUCUAUCAAAUAUUUUUCCAUUUUUUCCAAUUUCAGAUCUACACCAGAUUUAGUAAAUUUUUAUUCUUUAUUGAGACGGCACUCAUUUAUUUAGAAUGGUGCUACAAUACUUUCAAUUCCACUUUUAUCUUCGAUUGCUGAGAUUACCGUAUUGUCAUUGCUUCUCGUUGUAUGUUGCACUGAUAAUUUUAAAUGAAAAACUUGAGAUUCUUUUCAGAAUAUUGUGUAUUGUUGAAUUAUUUUAUGUAUUCAUGUGUGUAAGUAUUUCAUGUGAAUCAAUGUACUUGAUCAUUCAAUGAUUAUCAGUGUGCAAUCGUGAAUAGGUUGGCCUUUCAUCGCAGUAACUCUCGAAUUUGUUAUUUCCGCAGUGGAAUUCCAAUCCAACUAGUAAUUUGUGACUAGCAAAAGCAAUAGAAAUGUUGCGAUUUGAGUUAUUAACUUAUUUGUUCGAGUUAUCUCAGAUCUAAUGUAGAUUAUGCUUGAGACGCAAAGAGUUACUCAAUAUCCUGUGAUAUAUUUAAUACUCUCAAGACAUUUAGUGCUAGUGUCAAAUGUUGUAAACUUGUAAAUAAUUUAUUACAAAUAAUUAAAUAAUUAUAAAUUUAUUCAUUGUGAUAAUUGUAGUAAUUAUGGUGUGGUUAUUGUAUCCAUUUUUAAAAAAUAUUUCUGGCAAAUAGAAUGAAUUGCAAUAUUGUACAUAACACUGUCUUCAAAUAUGAAAAUUAUGUGAAAAUAAAAAUAUCUUUUCCAUUCGAA